CACUGGGGCGGAACCCUGGAGGCCUGAUCCCCGUCCUGAGUGCCCUUCGGUGCCCCUUGACAUCCCUGAUCUCCCACUGCACGGUGGCUGUCCGGGGUCUCGGCCUUCCGGAGACGGCGGGCAUGGCAGGACUCAGCCCGGAGCAGGUCCACAAGUUCCAGGAAGAUGGCUUCCUCGUCCUGGAGGGGGUCUUUUCUCCAGAGGAGUGUGACGGGCUCAGGGCGCGGAUUGCGGAGAUCGUGGCAGGGAUGGAAGUCCCACCCCACUGCCGGACGGAAUUCUCCACGGACAAAGAGGAGACUCUCCGGGAGCAGGGAAAUUCAGAAUAUUUCCUGAGCAGUGGCGACAAAAUCAGAUUCUUCUUUGAGAAAGACGUGUUUGACAAGGAAGGCAACUUUAAGGUUCCACAGGACAAGUCCAUCAACAAGAUCGGUCACGCUCUGCAUGCCCAUGAUGCCACCUUCAAGAAGAUCACCCACUCCCCACAAGUCCAAGCGAUAACCAGGAACCUGGGGUAUGAGGAGCCUGUGGUGGUCCAGAGCAUGUAUAUUUUCAAGCAACCGCACAUUGGCGGCAAAGUGCGCGCACACCAGGAUUCCACCUUCCUCUACACGGAGCCAUUGGGCCGCCUGCUUGGGUUCUGGAUCGCGGUGGAGGAUGCCACCCUGGAGAACGGCUGCCUCUUCUUCGUCCCGGGAUCCCACAAGGGUGGCAUCUCCCAGAGGUUGGUGCGGGCUCCUCCGGGCUCUGUGACGGCCACCCGCUUCAUCGGCUCUGAGCAGGUUUAUGAUGAUAGCAGCUUCGUCGCCAUCCCUAUCCGUAAAGGGGGCCUCGUCGUGUUCCACGGAGAAGCUGUGCACAAGAGUGAGCUGAAUCGCUCCUCGCGCUCCCGCCACGCCUACACUUUCCAUCUCAUGGAGUCUAAGGGCAUCAGCUGGAGCCAAGACAACUGGCUGCAGCCCACCCCUGAGUUGCCAUUCCCAGCGCUCUACAGCUAAGGCUCAGCGACCGGUCACGCUCAUCCUCCAACCAACGCCAGGAGAAGAGAGGGAGCCCCGGCCGGCCAGGCUCUCCUCUCCACCUCCUUUCUCCCCAAAAUGCCUCCCCCACUUCCUCCCCAUCGUCUUCCCCUCCCUCUCCAUUCCCCCUCCCCUUUAUCCCCUUGCUGCACUAGAUUUGUGACCCACCAAGCCAGGGCUUGGGCUGGGCCAGAGAAGCCUGAGGUUUCCCUACUACCUCCGCUAAUAAAGCAUGGCUGCACUCA